AUGGGUUUAUUACAUUGGUCUAAAGGAUCAUUGGCAUGCUUAGCCAUGAUAGUGAUGGUGUUUUUUGAGUCAUCAAAAGGAGACAUAAACAAAGAUAAAGAGAUGUGUGAAAACCAACUUAUAAGGUUAGAAAGUUGUCUACCUUAUAUGGGUGGUGAAGCAAAGGAUCCAACUAAGGAUUGUUGUAGCGAUCUCAAGAUAGUCUUGACAAAGAACAGGGCAUGUUUAUGCAUCAUGAUCAAAUAUUAUAAACAUAGCCUUGGGUUCAAGUUUAAUGACACACUUGCAUUAAGCCUACCAGAUUCUUGCAACACGUUUGCCAAUGUCUCCGAGUGUCUGAGUCUUUUGUAUUUGCAACCAGGCUCGACAUAUUCUAAAAUAGAUGAAGAUCAUGCUAAAAGCACGGAGAGCAAAAAGAAAACCAUAGCUUUACCAGUAAAAAACGAUGGAGGUGGUGGGGGUGAUAGCGGCGGUGGCGGGGGUGGUGGUUGUGCUAAUGGUGACAAAGGUGAUGAUGGUCGUGAUAGUUGUGAAGGUGGAGGCGGCGAUUAUGCAGCAAACAUGGAUGUAGGAGUAGGUGAAGGGGAAGGAUGA